AUGCUGCCCUAUGAGUAUGACAGGCUGCUCCUGCAGGGCUCAGACACCCACCCCGACAGCUGCAUCCACCGGAUAAAUCUCACGCCAAUACUCCUGUCCAGGCCUCUCUUCCCCGGGGAGAGGUUCACAGCUGGGGAUACACACUUUGACGAUGACGAGGCCUGGACCUUCAGAUCUCCAGACACUCAUGGGAUGGAUCUGUUUGCGGUUGCAGUCCAUGAGUUUGGUCACGCCAUCGGCCUGGUCCACACCUCAGCCAUAGAGUCCAUCAUGAGACCGUAUUACCAGGGUCCUGUAGGAGACCCUCUGAAAUACGACCUUCCGUAUGAAGACAAGGUCCGCGUCUGGCAGCUCUACGGUGUCAGAGACUCGGUGUCCCACACAAACCGACCAGGCAACCCCUCCCAGACGGCUGAACCCCCGGUACUGCUGGACCUUCCUGAAAACAGAUCUACUCUACUGCUGGCUCGUGAUGCCCCAGACAGAUGCACCAGCCACUUUGAUGCAGUGGCCCAGAUACGAGGAGAGGCCUUCUUUUUCAAAGGAAAGUACUUCUGGCGACUAACAAGAGAGAAGCACCUGGUGUCCCUGCGCCCCGCUCAGAUCCAUCGUUUCUGGAGGGGCCUCCCCUCCAAUCUGGACGGUGUGGAUGCUGUGUAUGAGAGGCCUGGGGAUCAUAAAAUUGUAUUUUUUAAAGGUCUAAAGUACUGGGUAUUUAAGGAUAAUAACGUAGAGGAGGGCUACCCUCGUCCAAUCAGUGACUUUGGCCUACCCUUGGAAGUAAUAGAUGCAGCCUUUGUUUGGCUACACAACGAGAAAACCUACUUCUUCAAGGACAACCUGUACUGGCGCUACGAUGACCACCUGAGACGAAUGGACCUGGGAUACCCUAAAGACAGCUCGCUCUGGAAGGGGCUGCCGCCACAACUGGACGACGCCAUAAGGUGGUCUGAUGGCUCGUCCUAUUUCUUCAAGGGGAAGGAGUACUGGCGAGUGCCGAGCAGCGACAUGGAGGCGGAGGCAGGAUACCCCCGCUCCAUCGCCAAAGACUGGCUGCUGUGCACCGAGAUGCAGGCAGACUCUCCGGACACGGAGACGAGACUCAACGUGCAGCAUCAGCCGGACCACGCAGAGAACGGGUUCGAGGUGUGCUCCUGCACCUCGGACUCCGCCUCCCCUUUAGGCACCCGCCCCUCCCCCUCCCCCCUGUGGCUGCUGCCCCCCCUCUGGACGCUCUCGCUGGCCCUCCGCUCUGAACUGCUAUGAUGCCAAAACAUGGGACGAGGUUCCUGAGCUGAUAGUUGGAGGAUGAAUGGACACUCAGUGCAAGCAAAAACUGGAAUAUUUCCUUUCCCAGUUUCAUUCGGUAUCCUUUAGCUUAUUUUGCUGUUAUUUAUUUUACAUGAUGCAAGUAUUCAACCUCAUGGACAUCAACCCAUUCAUUGACUGAAAUGCCUCAUCUCUUCAAGGGAAAGGUUAUAGAAUCGUAUUCCAAGAGUAAUCAUUUGUGUUCAUGUCCAGCAGGUUAACCUCUGCAAGGCCUCACGUACAGACGGGUUCAUCCUGAGCUGUAGGCAGGCUUUAUUACGUAAAGUACGUACAAUUCGCAACAUUUGAUUACAAUUAGUUCCAAUUAACAAGUAGAUGGUUCAAGAUUCUGCCUCUACCCGAAUAAGGUGGAGGUGAUAGGAAUUUGUAUGGGUUGUUUAAAACACUGAAAAAUGACUUUUGAAAAAAAUAAACACAUAGUAAGUCCUUACAAGGAUGGUCGCAGGGAUAUUUGCAAUUAUAAAAGUAAUUUUUGUUUACUUUGCCGUGUGCACCACUAACACUUUUCAACCGCCUAACAUUCAGUGUGAACACCAAUACUGCGAGAGCGGUAAGGAUGGAUGGACAGAGGAACUUCUGCUCAUGUACGUAUUCAUCAUUUCCAACUCAGAUUCUGAAGCAUUCCUCGCUCUUAGUUUGGUUGUAUCUUUUAUAUUAAAUUUAGAUGAAUAAUAUUCCUGUUUAUUUGACAUUGCGUCGAUCAGGUCGUAGAGUUUAUAGAGGUUUUGUUGGACUGAUGGACAUUUACUUUAUCACCCCUAGCUCCUUCUGAAGAAUAAAAACGUGUUUUAUUCUUGCUGUAAAGAUAUAUAUUACCUAGAGACGGAUAUAUUUGAGUUGAAAGGUUCUGCAGUUGAUGCAUAACCAAGUGGACUGUGUAUAUUUUAAGCUGUGUUUUCUAAUGUAAAAUAUUUUUGUAUAAAAUAAAAUCUGAAUGACUUUAAAUUGUGA